GUGCUGGGGCAUAGGCGUCGGGGACGCGCAGAGGCGCGCGCAGCUGCUGAGGACGCGCUUCUCAGGUCGCGCGCGCCAGAACCCAGACUCGGAGUGGAAACCGAAAGUGCGCGUGGGAGGAACGCGUGGAGUAUGAAGAGGCAGGGGGCCUCCUCCGAGCGGAAACGGGCGCGGAUGCCGUCGGGAAAGGCCGGAGCAGCAAAUGGAUUCCUCAUGGAAGUGUGUGUUGAUUCAGUGGAGUCAGCUGUGAAUGCAGAAAGAGGCGGCGCUGGUCGGAUUGAAUUAUGUUCUGGUUUAUUGGAGGGAGGAACCACACCCAGCAUGGGUGUCCUUCAAGUAGUGAAGCAGAGUGUCCAGAUCCCAGUUUUUGUAAUGAUUCGGCCACGUGGAGGUGAUUUUUUAUAUUCAGAUCGUGAAGUUGAGGUGAUGAAGGCUGACAUUCGUCUUGCCAAGCUUUAUGGUGCUGAUGGUUUGGUAUUUGGGGCAUUGACUGAAGAUGGACAUAUUGAUAAAGAGUUGUGCAUGUCCCUUGUGGCUAUUUGCCGUCCUCUGCCAGUCACUUUUCAUAGAGCUUUUGACAUGGUUCAUGAUCCGAUGGCAGCUCUAGAGACCCUUUUAACCUUGGGAUUUGAACGAGUAUUGACUAGUGGAUGUGACAGUUCAGCACUAGAAGGGCUACCCCUAAUAAAGCGACUCAUAGAUCAGGCAAAAGGCAGGAUUGUGGUAAUGCCAGGGGGUGGCAUAACAGACAGAAAUCUACAAAGGAUCCUUGAGGGCUCCGGUGCUACAGAAUUCCACUGUUCUGCUAGGACUGCUAGAGACUCAGGAAUGAAGUUUCGAAAUUUCUCUGUUGCCAUGGGAGCCUCACUUUCUAAUUCAGAAUAUUCUCUAAAGGUAACAGAUGUGACCAAAGUAAGAACUUUGAAUGCUAUUGCAAAGAAUAUCCUGGUUUAGCCAGACCUCUCUGAGAAACAUGGAUAUUACAGGAUAAAAGUAGAGCUAUAAUCUACAAUUCUCUAUGACACAGCUUUAACCUUCUUCUCUGGCCAGGAAAAUCACAAUCUUCAUUUUAAGUUUCACAUGGCCAUGGAGAAUGUUUCCAAGAAGAAAAAAACUUGAAACAGAGAUACAGUCAUUUCCUUUGCUUAGUUUUGCCAGCCAUUGCUGUCAUCAUGGUUAAAUUUGGUCUGUACUUCUUUCACAGACAGAGGCUUAGUCUGUUUUCAGUGGAAUUAAUUGAUGAGCUGGGAAAAUUCAACUGCAAGGUAUGAAUUGAAUGUGACUUCAGGGGUGAUUCAGUAGCACUGUUUUGCUUUUAAUUUGUAAAAUAAAAAUUUCCAUUGUAUUAUAGUAAA